AUGCUAGAGCUCGAUGGAACCGAAAAUAAAGCGAAAUUGGGUGCUAAUGCAAUUUUGGGUGUUUCAUUGGCAGUCUGCAAAGCUGGUGCCGUGCAUAAAGGUAUGCCACUAUAUAAAUAUAUAGCGGAAUUGGCUGGCACCAAACAGAUUGUUCUACCAGUUCCUGCAAUGAAUGUCAUUAAUGGUGGUUCGCAUGCUGGUAACAAACUGGCGAUGCAA